CUCUUUCCCAGUCUCAUUCCUUUCCCAUCGACAUCUUCACCUCUCACAGACCGAAUCUUCUCGAGAUGGCAACACUCGUGGACUCGAUCCUGAACUCCGACGCCUUUGGUGUCACCCCCUCCUCUCAGCGACAAACCCAGAGCGACCUCCCCUCCUCCUCACGUCCACGGCCGGCGCCUUCAGAGAGCAAUGGAUUAAACUCUGAACCAGACAUCUUCCCCGACGACGAAAUUGUCGGCGCCGCUCGAGGCAGAAACCCCAAUCCUUUGGACCGCAAUGUCUCCAAAGUCUCGGACAAAGCAGGCGAAAGAGUCCAACAAGCCUUUGAAGAUUUUCUCGAAUCUCACAUUGAGGAAACAUCCUCGUCAGCCAUCCCAGCUUCAAGUGAACUGAAAACAGACAAAUACUAUAUCAAUCAGAUUCAUGGUCUCCGUGAAUUUCAGUUGUCUACACUCUAUGUCGAUUACAGACAUCUCUUGACAUACAAAGAAGGUCCAGUGUUGGCCGACGCAAUCGCCAGUCAAUAUUACCGAUUUCUGCCCUUCUUGACCAAGGCUCUUCACAACCUUCUCGCCAAGUACGAACCGCUGUACUUCAAAGAUCACCGUCAGAUGACCAGCAAUGCCUCCCAGGCGGGCACUUCAAUGGCAGGAAAUGCCACCAGCGAAGGAAGUACUCAAGGUGACAAAACUAUCAAUCAACAAACUGACAAACUGUUCACCCUCGCCUUUUACAACCUCCCACUGAUCUCAAGAGUCCGUCAGCUGAGAACGGACCAGAUUGGGAAGUUGGUAUCUGUCUCUGGUACAGUGACAAGGACCUCAGAAGUCCGACCUGAGUUGGCUUUGGGUACUUUCAUCUGUGAGGCCUGUAAUGCCACCGUACCCAAUAUCGAGCAGACUUUUCGAUUCACCGAACCUACGGUCUGCCCUAACUUGACCUGCGGCAACAAAAUAGCAUGGAGACUCGACAUUCGGAACAGCACAUUUGUGGAUUGGCAGAGGUGCCGCAUCCAAGAAAACAGUUCCGAAAUCCCUACUGGCAGCAUGCCACGAACAAUGGAUAUCAUCUUGCGAGGCGAGCAAGUCGAACGCACCAAGCCUGGCGAGAAGUGUAUUUUUACUGGUACAUUAAUCGUUGUUCCGGAUGUCUCUCAACUUGGUUUGCCUGGGGUUCGACCUGAAGCAUCCAAGGACAACCCAAAUUUUCGAGGCGCCGACGCUGGAGGAGCUGGCGUGUCAGGUCUGAAAGCCCUGGGCGUUCGAGAUCUUACGUACAGGAUGGCCUUCCUAGCCUGUUUCUCGUGCCCCGACAUCACCACACCUGGCCAGACGGCCAACCAGCUCAAUGGACAAUCGAUGAACAUCUUGAAUUCAUUGCACCAGACAGAUCUAUUCGACCAAUACGACAGCAGCGAUCGAGCUCAAGAAGCGUAUCUAGAGACGCUCACGCCUGCUGAAAUCGAAGACCUCAAGUACAUGGUGCAUUCGGACAAGAUCUACAGCCGGCUUGUCAACAGUCUUGCCCCAAUGGUCUGGGGUCACGAGAUUGUGAAGAAAGGCCUGCUGCUUCAACUUCUCGGUGGAGUGUCCAAGAAGACUCCUGAAGGAAUGGCUCUUCGUGGUGACAUCAACAUUUGCAUUGUCGGCGACCCUUCAACCUCUAAGUCUCAAUUUCUCAAGUACAUCUCUUCGUUCCUCCCCCGUGCCGUUUACACCUCAGGCAAAGCUUCCAGUGCUGCUGGUCUUACUGCUGCAGUCGUCAAAGACGAGGAGACGGGUGAGCAUACCAUUGAGGCCGGUGCUCUCAUGCUCUCAGACUCGGGCACAUGCUGUAUUGAUGAGUUUGACAAGAUGGACGUGUCGGAUCAAGUAGCGAUUCACGAAGCCAUGGAACAGCAAACCAUUUCCAUUGCCAAAGCGGGAAUUCACGCUACGCUGAACGCUCGGACGAGCAUUCUCGCGGCUGCCAACCCUAUUGGUGGUCGCUACAACCGGAAGGCUACUCUGCGAAACAACAUCAACAUGUCGGCUCCCAUCAUGUCACGUUUUGAUCUCUUCUUUGUUGUCCUGGACGAAUGUAACGAGACCAUUGAUCGCCGCCUCGCCAGCCACAUAGUCAACUUGCACAUGCUGAAGGAUGACUUUGUACAGCCCGAAUUCUCCACGGAGCAGUUGCAGAGAUAUAUCCGGUUCGCAAGGACCUUCAAACCAGUCUUCACACCCGGGGCGAAAGCACUGUUAGUACAGAAAUACAAAGAUCUUCGAGCCAACGAUUCUGGUGGUAUCGGGCGCAACAGCUAUCGUAUCACCGUCAGACAAUUGGAAUCACUCAUCCGGCUCAGCGAGGCUAUCGCCAAAGCAAAUUGCGUCGAAGAAAUCACCGAAGAGUUUGUCCUCGAAGCAUAUGCGCUGCUCAGCAUGUCCAUCAUCAGCGUGGAGAAAGACGACGUUGACGUCGAGGACGAUGAGGAUGAAACUCAGGCGCAGGCCUCCGCAGCAACCGGUGAUAGCCCAAUGGCAGAUGGCGAUGAUGAUGAUGACGCCGCCGCCGGCGGAGCAGGGGAUCAGGCUGAACAUAAUGCAGACGGCACACCAGCGCCCGCUCGACACACGACGAAAAUCACGUUUGAGAAGUAUCAUCGGAUACAGCACAUGCUUGCGACCAAGAUCCGAGAUGAAGAGGAGCAGAAUGGCCAGGGACCGGAACACGAUGAGUUGCUCCUAUGGUAUCUCGAGCAAGUUGAGGACUCGAUCGGCACCGAGGAUGAGUUGCAAGCAGAGAAGUCACUGGCCAAGAAAGUGUUGAAAAGAAUGUUGAAGGACAAUGUCAUUAUCGCAAUCCGUGGCGAAGGAUUAGUUGAAGACGACAACGCCGACCAGGAGAAUGCUGAGGCACGAGUGGAAACCCUCUCGUAUGCCUUGCAUCCCAACUGUGGUAUCUUUGACGACGAAUGAGCUUUGGUUAGGGAGCAUCACGAAGUCGAUAUUCGACUUGUCCAAUUGUAGAGUAUGACAGCGUUUUGUGCGAGAGGACACACACACCACAGUUGGGCGUAUGGCGUAUGGCGUUUGUCGUGUCACGUGUAGGAUGACUUAUAUGAGGACGAUGCAGCCAUGAAAGAUCAACAUGUUGUAAAUCCAGUUGUUUCUUCUUUCGGUAACUAGACACUUUGACGUUUGUUGUUUGAACAGAGUUCUCAUUGUCAGG